AUGGCAGCAGUUCAGAAACUAUAUCCACGAGGAACAGUCAAGCGCAUUGUCAAAGCCCACUCCAAUCGGAGUGUGAGCAAGAAUGCCGACAUCCUGGUCUUUUUGGAUUACAUGCUAUUCAUGCAAGAGCUAAUGCGCGAAGCAUCCAUUCGGUCGCGUAAAUCUGGGGAGAAGAAUAUCUCAGCGAAUACUGUGCGCAAAGUCACCGAGCAGAGCCCAGGAUAUAACCUCGAUCUUGUCAUUUAUGACAAAGACCUGCCUAGCAUGGAUAUGAAAGGCAAGGGGAUACUGUACUAA